UUUUCAACAACUAUAUCAUUAUCAACAAUACCAACAACGAUUACAUCAAUAUCAAUCACAACAAUAAAUAAAUUUGAUAAUAAUACUAAUGAAAAUGAAAAAAUUUCUCUAAAAGACUCUCAUAGUAUAGCACUUUUAGUUUUAAUUAUUAUUAUUUGUUCAUUAAUGAGUAUUAUAACAAUAGUUGGAAAUCUUGUUGUUAUACUAGCUGUUUGUCUUGUAAGAAAAUUACGAACAGCAUCAAAUAUUCUUAUUGUUAGUUUGGCUGUUAGUGACAUAUUAGUCGGCUUGUUUAUUAUGCCAUUAGCACUGGUGCUCGAAAUUUCCAAUAACAACUGGCUUUUAGGUUCGAUUAUGUGUGACAUAUGGACGUCAACUGAUGUUCUUCUAUGUACAUCGUCAAUAUUGAAUUUUCUCGUUAUAUCAAUCGAUCGUUAUUGUAUCAUUAAUCAUCCAUUUAAAUAUGCUCCCAUGCGUAAAGUCAAAUUACUUUCGCUAAUGAUAGCCGGUGUCUGGAUACUUAGUGCACUGGUUUCAUUACCUCCUAUUUUAGGCUGGGGGCGUCCUUCGGAAAAUCUUCCAAUAUGUCAAGUAAAUAAUAAAUUGGAAUACCAAAUAUUUGCAACUAUGCUUUCAUUUUACAUUCCCCUUAUUGUUGUACUUAUAAUAUAUGCAAAUAUAUAUCGAACAGCGCAAACAGCAAUGGAUAAUCGUUCAAGUGUUCAAAUGUCUCAAUUUUUAACACAUAAUAAUUCUUCAACGAAUGUUGGACAAACACAUGUAACUUUACCACAUUCUCAACAACAAUUAAAUGGUAAUACUUGUUCAAUACCACAAUCAUUAUUAAAUAUAUCGAAUGCAAAUAAUAAUCAAAAUGAAGAUGGUUCAUCAACGUCAGGUACUGAACAACGACAUAGUGGACGACGUUCAUUGAGACGUUCAGCAAAAAAGUCAACUGAAAAUAAAUCUACUAGUUUUUUAUCUCCAUCAAGAUGUUUAGGUAGACGAAUAAGUACGCCAUUUAAUGGUCGUUUAUCAGUAUUUGUUACACGACGUUAUUCAUUUUUUCGUCAUGUUCAUUUACCAAAUCAAAAAGCCAUACGUACACUUGGCGUUAUCUUAGGUACAUUUAUUGUUUGUUGGCUUCCAUUUAUGUUAUUUGCAAUAAUAAAACCGUUACAUGAAUAUAUAACACGUUUAACAGGUUCGCCACGACCAUUAAAUGCUCCUCAAUGGAUUGAUCCAGUUUUACUUUGGUUUGGCUAUUCAUCAUCGAUGUUAAAUCCAUUAAUUUAUUCCAAAUUUAAUCGAGAAUUUCGAACACCAUUUCGUGAAAUAAUUUAUUGUCGUUGUCGAGGUUUAAAUGAAAAAAUUCGACGGCAAGAAUAUUUAGAAAAUCUAUAUGGUGAUCAUCAUUUACAACCACCACCAGUGCAUAAUUAUCAACACCAAACACCAGGAACACAUUUGAGAAGUAGCGGCAGUCCUGAAGCAGCAGCCGUGUGA